AUGGAGGCCCUGCCCUACCUGAGUCCGGAGCUUCUGGUGGACCCGGAGGCCCACACGCCCGCCACCGACAUGUGGGCGAUGGGCGUCAUCUUGUACGAGCUCAUGGCGCUGCGAACGCCCUGGGAGGACGAGCACGCGGUCCGGCUGCUGGAGCGGAUACGGGACCAGCCGCUGCGGCCCUUGCCGGUGCAGUAUUCGGAGGAGCUAGCGCCCAUUUGCUACACGCUCCUCAAGCGCAACCCGCAGAGCCGCCCCAGUGCAGAUGAGCUUCUACUCCUACCGCCGAUACAAUCCAGGAUCGUCUCGCUGCUGGACAUGGAGUCGGAUGAUGUCGCAGCAGGCUGA